CCUAUCCUUUUAGUUAAAAAAAAUCAAUGAAGUAGAAUGAACAGCUAGUCAACAACGAAUGCACAAGUCUAAUUAGAUAUAUGUUUAUGUAGCUACCAUUCAACCUAUCUUAGCUUAUAUUUUUGAAGAGCAAACUCGUUUGAAGAGCUAUUAAAUAUUCUCUCUGUUUGAUUAUACUUGCUCUCAUAUGGACAUUGUUUUAUCACCAUGGCAGCGAAGUGUAGAAGACUGCAUCAACACCAUAUAUCUUCUCUUCUCCGCGUACCUUGUCUUCGUGAUGCAGCUCGGCUUCGCCAUGCUCUGCGCUGGCUCAGUCCGAGCAAAAAACGCCAUGAACAUAAUGCUCACCAACGUUGUCGACGCCGUCGUCGGUAGCCUCUCUUUCUACCUAUUCGGCUUCGCUUUCGCUUUCGGCUCCAACACCACCAACCCUUUCAUCGGCUCAAGCUACUUCGCUCUCCACAACGUACCCGACUCCUCUUACGACUACAGCUUCUUCCUUUUCCAAUGGGCUUUCGCCAUUGCCGUCGCUGGUAUCACCAGUGGCUCCAUAGCUGAGAGAACCCAGUUCGGCGCUUACCUUGUCUUCUCCUUCUUCCUCUCCGGCUUUGUCUACCCAGUUGUCGUCCACUGGCUCUGGUCUACCCACGGCUGGCUCAACCCGAGUUCCACCGCCGGCUUGCUUUUUGGUUCGGGCGCAAUCGAUUUCGCCGGAAGUGGCGUCGUUCAUUUGGUCGGUGGAAUCGCCGGUCUAUGGGGUUCCCUAAUUGAAGGCCCGCGGGUAGGCAGGUUCGACGCUUAUGGUCAUCCCGUACCAAUGAGAGGUCAUAACGCUACACUUGUAGUUUUGGGUACGUUUUUGCUAUGGUUUGGGUGGUUCGGGUUCAACCCCGGUUCAUUUGACAAGAUCUUAGUGGCUUAUCCAACUACAACGGACCAAGGUAACUGGACCGGAGUUGGUCGGGCCGCAGUUGUGACCACUCUUUCCGGUUCAACCGCCGGGAUUGUUACCCUGUUCGGGCGACGGUUGUUGGUGGGCCACUGGAAUGCUUUAGACGUUUGCAAUGGAGUGCUUGGUGGCUUUGUCGCCAUCACAUCUGGCUGCGCGGUGGUGGAACCAUGGGCCGGGGUGGUUUGUGGGUUUUUUGCGGCUUGGGUUUUAAUUGGGCUUAACAUCCUGGCCCUGAAAUUGCAAUAUGAUGACCCAUUAGAAGCGGCCCAAUUACACGGUGGGUGUGGUGCUUGGGGUUUAAUAUUCACGGGGCUGUUUGCAAAGGAAGAGUUUGUCAUUCAAGCUUACGAUUCCGGUGAGAGUGGUGUGGUCAGGUCUUACGGUGUCCUGAUGGGUGGAGGAUGGGGUCUGUUAGGAGCCCAAGUUGUCGAGCUUUUUGCGAUUGUGGGUUGGGUUAGUGUGACAAUGGGACCACUUUUCUAUAUACUGCAUAAGCUUAGACUUCUGAGGAUUACUGUAGAUGAAGAAGUUGCUGGCUUAGAUAUCUCCAGCCAUGGAGGCUAUGCCUACGCUCAAACAGAAGAAAGCAACGGUCACUUCUACACAGAUUAUGUACGCAUGCAGAAUGAACAAUCUUGACCCAAUAUAACAACAAUUUCUCAUUGUUACUUGCCUUCAAUUUAUUAAUUUAUGUACGUACACGUGGCCUCUUGUAUCAUAUUACAUUCCAAUUUGUUACUUUCUUUUA